AUGGCCGUCGGAGAGGUCAAAGGAGGAGGGGAGGCGGCAGGUGCUUCCCAAGCUCCUCCUCAGCAGCAGCAGCAGCAGCAGCAGCAGCAGCAGCAGAGAACCAGUCAGAGCCGUGAGUGGAUUGGGAUCAGCUUUGUCGAUCAUGGAGAGUAGCAACAAGCUCCAGGGAUUUGACAAAGCUCACUUGGACGUCCUCCCUUGAUGGCUAUGGCUUCAUCGUAGGCCUGGAUCGUCUCGUAGGUCUGCUCGCUGCUGGCUCCAAUCCGACAGUCAGGAACAUUGCAGCUCAGCAAUUAGGUCAAAUUUGUGCUCUACGCAUGCAUGGUGGAGGAGGCUCCAAUCAAGCAGGCUCGUCCUCCUCCUCUUCAGCCGCCACUCGAGCAGAAGUCAUAGCGUCCUCAUCUGCCAGCUCUUCGAGACUUGACUCCGCUCGCAAUCUCUCGAGAACUGGCCCGAAGGCGGAUUGGAACGAAGCUCUUUCUCUGCUGGCUAGAAUCUUACCUUCUCUGAGAAGCAAUGCGUGGGACACUAGGAUUGCGGCCGCUUCAGCUGUAGAGCUUGUAUGCGCUGCUGCGGGAACAUGGGACCCUUACUUUGGUACGACCGAGACCGAGGAGAAGCAGAAGGCGCCCAAGGAAGAGGGUGUCGUGACGACUCAGCCCAGCGACAGAAUGUCCUUUGGAACAUUUGCCAUUGCGAAUGUACUUUCUACGGGUAAGAAGCUUCUCUCAUCAACCGGCACGGAAUACGACGUCGGCUCGCAUCUAAGCGUGGAAGAGCGCCUUGCUAAUGCUAAAAAGGACAUGGAACGAUUGGGACUGAUCGGCAUGGCAGGCGAAGAGAUGGACAUCGGAGUCGACGUAGAGAGUGAAUUGAAGGGCGCGUCAGAUACCGCUGCUGUCAAGGUGGGAGCUUCGAGCAGCGUUGCAGAGUCUGCUGUCAAACAUGAAGAAUCAGCAUCUCAAUCACCUGCUGCGCCACCCGAAAUUGAUAUGAGCAAGUUGUCCGCUCGUGAACGGAACCAGCUCAAGAGGAAAAGAAAAUUGGGCAUUGCGGACUCGACUCCUUCAUCUUUGGAGCACUCGUCGUCGGACAACAAGUGAUUACAGUUGCCAUGUUACCAGGCUCGUGGUCUCGAACGCUGACCAUCCUUUCUCACGCAGGAAACGGAUCCUGGAGACGUCGAGCGGUAGUGCUUCCCCAAGGGUUGCUCCGGGACCCGGCGCGCCCCAAUCCUCGACUGUCCCAGCUGGAGGCACGUCCAGCACCUCUCAAGCCUCACGGCCAACCUCGCUGACUUCGCCGGACGGCGAGUGGCCUUUCAAGGUUCUACAUUCGCUCUUGCAGGGUGAUCUCUUUGCGGCAAAGUGGGAAGUGAGACACGGAGCAGCCCUUGGAUUAAGGUCUCUGUAUGCCACUCAAGGAUCCGGCGGAGGUAUGUGCCUAUACAACAGCUCGCAGUCCAAUGUCGUCGGUCACGAAGAUUGGAGCAACGAUGCUGCGCUGAGGCUUGCUUGCGUGCUAGCGCUUGACAGACUAGCGGACUUUGUCUUUGAUCAUGUGGUCACGCCUGUGAGGGAAACGGCUGCGCAAGCCCUCGCGGCACUUCUAAGGCAUAUAUCCAAGGAGGGAGUAGAGGCUGUACAGAGAGUCCUCGUCGAUAUGGUCAAGCAAGACUGGGUGGUGCCUGCAUCCGACCCGAAAUUUGACGUUGCACGGCAAGGGUCGAGGAGACUGGACGCUGGUAGACGGUACAAGGGAUACGCCUGGGAAGCUAGACACUCUGGUCUGCUAGGCAUUCGAUGGCUCGUCAGUGUUCGUACUGACUUGCUUGAAGCCGGACAAUCUGCGAAUGACAAUGUCAAAAAGGAGAACGCCCAAGGUCUCACUGAGCAUCAUGGCUCUCCUAGCGAUCUGUUGAAGCGCAGCGUUCAGGUUGCUGUUGCUUGGUGAGUGGCGUCCUCAUGCUACGAGGAGAAAUCACUCCACAAGGCAAGACAGCUGAGUUCUGUUCCUUGCAUCUUGCGUCCAGCUUGCGAGACGAGGAUGAUGAUGUUCGCCACGUUGCCGCUCAAGCGCUCCUUCCAGUUGCGGAACAGAUUGUGAAGAGUAUGCCGAUGGAGCUCGAUGUUGUCUUGUCAGAAUUGUGGGCCUGCCUCGGCGAUCUCAAGGACGACCUCUCUAGCAGCGCAGCCGGAGUCAUGGAUUUGCUCUGUGAGUGUGAGCGGAUGCAGACGCGCUGACCGACUCGUCAAGAAGCCACACUGAGCAAAGUCUGCCUGCUUCUCGGUAGCCAAAUUGGUAUCACAACCAGCAGUCAUUGAGCGGAUGGAUGCUAGCGGCGCGGAUUCAUUGUCUUUGCUUGUGCCUAGCCUUUUCCCAUCCUUCCGACACACAAUCUCAUCAGUUCGGCAAGCUGUCUUGAACGUGUUGAGCGCACUUUUGGACAGUUCGUCCGCCUCGACGCACCUCAUCGAUGACAAGCUACUUCGCUUGCUCUUUCAGAAUCUUAUAGUCGAGGAGAAGUCAACCAUUCGGGCUCUGUCCGCCACCAUGUGGGAGAAGGUCUUGGUCGCUUCUCUGAAGAGUGUGAAAGGCGGCGCAUCUGGGACGCUGGCCGACCAUCUCGCCCCGCAUUUGGACACCCUAUUCCAAAUUUUGAUGACACCCAUCGGCAUGCCUUUCAACCUGUCUCUCUUCUACCGUGCCUCGGGCCGAUCAACGCAGGGUCAUGAUGUAGACAAGCAUGCAUUGGCACAGGACCUUAGCCUGGUCGGAGUCGAUGUCGUUAUCCGGAGCAGGUUAGGCGCUGCGAAGGCUCUAGGUGGUGUAUUUGCAUCUUGGAACGAAGAUGACGCCGUGAGUAUAGCUUGGUAUCUGUGUCAUGCAGUAUUACUGACGGUUGGCUACGGCGAAUCUUUUGUCGCCACAGGAUGCGUUUGGUCGGCACCUGAAGCAGUAUGUUGUAUCUACAAGCGCUCUGCAACGGUGCCUCGCGUAUGCCGUGGUUCAAGAAUGGGCAGUCUUUGCCAAGUCGAGGAACGUGUUCGACAUAUUGCGCUCAGGUAGUGUAGCACAAGACAUCUCCUCCAUUCUGUUGGACCAAGUCGCUGCUCCGCCGCCUCCGACUUACGGCGAGAUGUCCGUAAUGUUGCAGCGCAUCCAAUUGGAGUGCCAAGGACUCUUCAACACGGCUGCGAGAGAGGUCAAGGUUCCAAAAGCGUCUGUUCCAGAGCUUCCGAGCACUGUCGAUCCACUAGGUACCAACGCGAAGGCGUUUACUGUCGAACUUGCCAGAUAUGUUGUCAGUACGGGCCUGCAAGAGCUCAUCGAGAGCGGCGCGGCCUCAUCAAAAGCGAAAAAAGUCGCGCUAGAGGGUCUCCAAGAAAGAGUGCGAAAACUUGUAACUUCGCUGGGCAGAUAUCAAGCUACCAAAGAGCAGCAGGAUUGUCAGGUCUUUGCUGGGUGCGCGACAGCUCUGGUUGCUCUUGAGACUGUUCCUGCGAAACUCAAUCCGCUCAUCAAGAGCUUGAUGAAUGCGGUCAAGGUGAGUGGAUGAUGAUGGCCAGCGAACGAACUUAUGCUCAAAGACAACAUCUUUCCAUUUGACAGUUCGAGGAGAACAUCGACCUACAGAUGCGAGCUGCGCGAGGUGUAGCCAGCCUGGUCGCUUUAUGCAGCAGACCAGACGCUCGUGCAAAUCCUUCCGACAAAAUCAUCAAGAAUUUGUGUGCUUUCGUCUGCCAGGACAUCUCAAGGACCCCUAUCUUCACAGCCGUCAAAGCGGAUCACCACGGCGUGCUCUUCCUGCGCGAGCAAUCCUCGGUGCCGAGCGGUGCGCAUGCUGCUGCGAAAACGGAGCAGCCCGACAAGACGGAAGAACAAAGGCAAGGCGAGCUGAUUCGGAGAGGUGCUGAGGCUGCUUUAGGUGAAGUCGCAGAGGUCUUUGGGAAGGAAGCCUUCACCCAGAUCCCAACAUUGUGGGACAACGCUUCGGGCGGACUAGCUUCAGCGCCUGCCAUCGAUGACGAUUUGGAUGACGCGAAAGGACAGGCAAUCCUCGAUUCUUGCACGCUGAUCGGCGUACUGGUGCCACGACUGCACACGGGCCUUCAAGGCAAGGCUUUGGAGGUUCUCUCGCCGCUUACGCAGGGGCUGCGCAGUCGAUACACGGCUAUUCGCGGCGCUGCCGCACGCACGUUGAGCGUCCUUGCCGACAACUUGACGGAAAGGACAUUGCUGCACAUUGUCGAGCAAGUUCUACCUCUGCUCGGGGAUGCCACACAUGCUGCCACACGCCAAGGUGCCGUCGAGACCUUGGCACACGUCAUCAAGGUCCUGGAUGUCAAGAUCCUGCCAUACGUGAUCCUGCUCGUUGUACCGGUCUUGGGACGCAUGAGCGACGUGGACGAGCAGGUCAGGCUGACAGCGACCAGUUCGUUUGCCUCUCUCAUCAAGAUGGUCCCUCUCGAGGCUGGUCUUCCCGACCCACCGGGCUUCUCCAAGGAGAUCUUGCUUCGCCGUGAGCAGGAAAGAACCUUCUUGGCUCAGCUUCUCGACGGCUCCAGGGUGGAGCCUUACGAGCUGCCCGUCAAGAUCAAUGCUGACCUCAGGUCUUAUCAGCGGGACGGAGUCAGCUGGAUGGCCUUCUUGUCCAAGUUUCAGCUCCAUGGCAUUCUUUGCGAUGAUAUGGGCCUCGGCAAAACACUGCAGUCCAUAUGCAUUGUAUCAGCUCGCCAUCAUGAACGAGCUCUACGAUUUGCGGCAGGUCAGCCUCCAGACGCCACGCCGUUGCCUUCACUCAUCGUGUGCCCGCCCACCUUGGUGGGUCAUUGGCACCACGAGGUGCAGAAGUACGCCAACAACUUGCGGCCUGUUAUGUAUGUAGGACAACCACAGGAUCGUCGCUCGCUGCAAGCUCGGAUACGACAGUUUGAGGUUGUAAUCACGUCAUACGACGUCGUUCGCAACGAUGUCGACUUCUUGUCGAGCAUCGAUUGGCUUUACUGCAUCCUCGACGAGGGCCACAUCAUCAAGAACGCCAAGACGAAGACGACGCAGGCGGUCAAAAAGGUUCGGGCUCAGCAUCGAUUGCUUUUGUCCGGCACGCCUAUUCAGAACAAUGUCCUUGAAUUGUGGAGUCUCUUUGACUUCCUCAUGCCUGGUUUCCUGGGCACCGAGCAGAGCUUUCAAGUGCGAUACGCCAAACCUAUUGGCGCUGCGAGAGAAGGGAAGGUUUCAAGUCGCGAACAAGAAGCUGCUACGCUUGCACUUGAAGCGCUCCAUAAGCAAGUGCUGCCAUUCCUCCUUCGACGCCUCAAAGAGGAUGUUUUGGACGACUUGCCGCCGAAGAUUAUCCAGGAUAUCGAAUGUGAGCUCGGACUUGUUCAGAGGAAGUUGUACGACGACUAUCAGCGAUCCGCGAACAGGCAGGAGCUCGAAGAUGCAUUGAGCUCCGAGCAGAAAGGUUCGGAGAGUGACAGCAAGCAACAGCACGUCUUUCAGGAACUGCAGUAUUUGCGCAAACUUGUCAACCAUCCCACACUCGUGUUCGAUCAAUCCCGCGCCAAACAUCGCGAAAUCGAGAGAGAAAUAGUCGCGGCGGGAGGAUCGCUUCAGGACAUCAGCCACGCGCCCAAGCUACUUGCUCUUCAGCAGUUGCUCAAUGACUGCGGGAUUGGCGUCAAGGUGAAGACUGAGGCGUCAGACACGUUUGCGGAAGGCGCUGUGGCUCAACACCGAGUGCUCAUCUUCUGUCAGCUGAAGCAGAUGCUAGAUAUUGUGGAGCAGCAAUUGUUCCAAGUCCACAUGCCGGAUGUUUCCUACAUGCGUUUGGACGGAAGUGUCAGUGCAGACAAGCGCCAUGGCAUCGUGCAAACCUUCAAUUCGGAUCCGAGCAUCGAUGUUCUGCUUUUGACCACAUCGGUGGGCGGCUUGGGCCUUACCCUCACCGGCGCUGACACAGUCAUCUUCGUGGAGCACGACUGGAAUCCUAUGCGAGAUUUACAGGCUAUGGACCGCGCGCAUCGUCUUGGUCAAAAGAAGGUCGUCAAUGUAUACCGUCUCAUCACCAGAGACACGCUCGAAGCUAAGAUCAUGGGGUGAGUACGUCAAAGCGAUGACUCGAAAGGACCCCGGCUAACGGCAUUCUCCUCCUCCGAAUCUUCAGUCUGCAGCGCUUCAAAUUGAACGUCGCGCACUCGGUUGUGACACAGCAAAAUGCUGGCCUAGAGAGCAUGGAGACAGACCAAGUUCUAGACCUGUUCGGAAGUGCGGAUGAGGCGCAGCCGAACGGUUCUGGCACUGGUAAAGCAUCAAGUAAAGGAAUCAGUCAGCAAGCGUUGCUUGCUGCCAUCGAAAAUGCGCCCGAUACAGGCGACGACUACCAGUCGUCUAGCACUUGGACAAUCUAA